AUGAGCCUGGACGACGACGACGAUGGCGAUGGGCGGGAGAUAAGGCGACGGGACGCCGGCGCGGGGACGACGGAGCGGACGAGCGCGAACGGCGCGAGAUCGCGCGCCAUGCCCGAGCUGACGUACGAGAACGCGGUGUUGGAAAGAAGUCGUCGCAGCGGGGAGUCGUCGACGAUCGCGAGUCCGGGAUCGAAGAUGCAGAUGUUGGGGAGCGUCGAGGCGACGAGCGGAGACGCGAAGCCGCUCAAGAUCAAUCAAGACUUGGCGCUGUACCGCGCGCGGAAAUUGCGAAAUGAGGCGGGCUUCAUGAAAUCCGUGGAUGAGAGGAACGCAAAGCGCUUAGAGGCGAUAGCGAUGUUCGAGAAGGCGAUGUCGUACGACGUCACGGAUGGGCGCGCGUACUGCGGAAUAGGGCAGACACUGGUGCAGAUGCGUCGGUUGGAUGAUGCGCGCGCGAUUUACCAAGCUGGAUGCGACGCCAAGGGAGGAGACAACGCGUAUUUGUGGGUUGCUCUCGCCGUGCUCGAGGAAAAGGCUGGGAACAUUGCGCUGGCGAGAAAGUAUUACGACGCGGCGACGGCGGCGGAUAAAACGCACGCCGCGGCUUGGCACGGAUGGGGAUCGAUGGAAAAGAACUUGGGAAAUUAUCAGCGCGCCAGAGAAUUGUACAUCAAAGGUGUGCGGUUGGUGCCGCCGAUGGAUGCGUCUGCCCAUCUGUACCACUCGCUCGGCGUCAUGGCGCUCGAGCGCGGGCGUAUCUCCGAGGCGAGGGAACAUUUCAGGCAAGGCGUUCGCACAGAGGCGGGAGCGAAAUCUGGCGCCAUCUGGCGCUCUUGGGCCAUGUUAGAAGCGAAAGCGGGCGACGAAGAGCAAGCGCGCAAGCUUUUUCAAAAGGGUUUGAUGGUUGCCCCGAAGAGCAAGUUUAUUUGGCUCGCGUGGGGGGUGUGGGAAGCCAAGCUCGGGUAUUGCGACCGCGCGAAGGAGCUCCUGACCAAGGGAUGCAAAUUGAAUCCCUUGGACACGCAUUUGCUUCAAGCACUCGCAAAGCUCGAGGCAGAGCAAGGGAAUCUGGAACAGGCGCGCAAGUACUUUGAGCAAGGGACGAUGAUGGAUCCCCAACACCAGGCGAACUGGAACGCAUGGGCGAUGGCGGAGUGGCGAGCGGGAGAAAUCGAUCGCGCGCGCAAUCUGUUUCAACGAGGCGUAUGGGUUAAUCCAAAGAAUCGAGACGCCGCGCGCUUGUUUCAUGCAUGGGGGGUAUUGGAAUCGCGAGAAGAAAAUAUCUCCCUCGCGCGACAGCUCUUCAAAUGUGCGGUUAACGUCGACGCGAGCAGCGAGCGCACGUGGCUUACGUGGGCCAUGAUGGAGGAGAGAGAAGGCGACGACGUUCGGGCGAUCGAGAUCAGAAACAUGUGCUCGCAGCAAAUGGCCGAAGCUUCUGUUGGGGCCACGGACUUGUCGCCGGCGGCGAGCACUUUCCGCCCCCUGUUGGAACGGCUUUCGUCCAUUCUUGGCUUGGAGGCGCCUGGAGAUUCGGACGACGAAGACGAGGAAGAGUUUGACGAAAGCGAGCUUUCGACGGCAGAGCUCAUGUUUGGUAAGUCUGACGCGAGUACAUACACAUAUGAAGAGUAG